AUGGUCGGCAUCCCCACCAGAUCACUUUCGUGCCUCACCUGCCGCCGCCGAAAGAAAAAGUGUGACAAGACAGCGCCGACGUGCUUAAAGUGCGAAAAGGCUGGCAUAGAAUGUGAGGGGUAUACCGACGGCCUAGUCUGGGUCAACCGCACCGUGGACAAUCGCCCCAAGCUGCAAAUCCGACUGAGGCAGCAGCAACAGCCACAACAGCAUCAUCACCAUGCUUCAUCCUCGGUGCAGGAUCAGCAAUUAAUUGUCCGAGAUGACUCCUCCGCCUCCGGGGGUAGUAGCCCCGGGUCGGCGUGGACGACCGAUCGGAGCGAUGACGUGGUCCGCUCGCCCGACAUCUUGCUGCCGGUGCAUCUGGCUCGCUCCGCCCGGGAGCAGCUCUACAUGGGCUACUUUGGCUCGACACUACUCGCCGCGGGGACGACCACGCCCUCGGAUGCAGCCAUGAGCUUUGCAUCGAUGGGCUGGACCAAGCACAUUGGACCCCUCUACGACACGGACCCGGCUGUAAGAUGCGCUGCUAUGGCCACGUCGAGCGCCAUCGUCGCCACGCUGCACAACGACAAGCAGCUGCAGGUCAAAGGUAUCCAGGCCUACAACGGUUCUGUCAUGGAAAUGGUCAAGGGUCUGCAGAGGACCGAUUGGUAUAAACGCGAUGGUUUGCUGACGGCGGCUCGCAUCAUGGCGACCUUUGAGUUAUUAUUUAUUUCCAAAGACAAAGAUACCCCCGAGCCUUUGGCUUGGCGAGGUCACAACCAAGGUCAGCAAGCCAUCUUCCUGGCCCGCGGCCCCUCGGCAUUUUCUUCAGGGCCAGCGCAUCAAUUGUAUGCGGAUGCCCGUAUCAAUAUGGUCAUGCUCUCCAUGGGUCAACGAAAACGCUCUCCUUUUGCUACCCCUGCAUGGGAUAAGAUCCCGUGGUUAAAGCACCCGAAAGCGGUCAAGGACGAACUGAUCGACGUGAUGCAAGACAUCCCCGAGAUCCUCGAGUACAUUGAGGAAUUCAAAGUCUCGAAAGAUGCAGGCCGACGACGAGAUCUAGAAAUGCUCAUCAUGAGCCGUAGCAGCGAGGUACAGGCCGACCUCGACUCGUGGGCCGCCGACCGCGGCGAUUCCCUGCAGCGCUUCGACUGCUUUGCCCACAUUGGGCCGCUGGAGCCGCCGAGGAACGACGCCGAGUACGCGUUCCACCACAUGACGACGAUUUACUGGUUCACGGCCGGCAUGGUCUCGUGCAUCAAGAGCUUCUUCAGCUCGCGGCAGGGCGAGGAGCGAAUACCGGAACGGCCGCCAGGAUGGUACGCAAACUACGGGGGCACCGGCCCUGGCACGCCGGGCUCAACAACGGCCACCAACACCACCACCCAUGACGACAACGACGCCCAGUCACCCUCGUCGACGAGCUCGACGACCGGCGUGUCAGCCUCGGAACACUACCUAUGGGAGUCGGCCGUGUACGCGACGCGCGAGGUCUACGCUAUGGGGUUCUUCCUCACGCCGGACGCCGGCGUCGCCCACUCAGCGGCGGGCCUCAUGUCGCUGGCCGUCAUCCUGCGGUACUAUCUGCACCCGGCCGCGUUCUGCAUCCUGGGCAACGAGGUCGAGAUCCUGCAGAGCCUGUACGCCGUCCCGAUCCUGGGCAUCCCGGUCGGGCAGCUGCUGCGGCGCGUCCUCGGCGGUCAUCUGCCGCCGCUGGUGGCGAACCUGAGCGGCCCUCGGGUUAGCCACGGCCUGGGGUGGUUUUGA